AUGCACGUGACUCUCCAGGACUGCGUCGCCCUCUCUGUCUACACCUUCACCUUUCUGCUGGGCCUUCCAUCCAACCUGCUGGUCCUCUUCGUGUACGUGCGCAAGUCCCUCAAGCGCGGCGCCACACCCAACGUGGUCUACGCCCUCAACCUGUGCUUGGCCAACCUCGUGCUCGUGGCCUGGCUGCCCGUCAAGGCUCUGGAGACUUUGCUUCAGGGCUGGAGGCUGCCAACACCCCUCUGCCCCGUCUACAGCUUCUUCCUCUUCUCCUCGUUAUACGGCAGCUGCCUCUUCAUCACUGCCGUGACGGUGGGCCGUUACCUCAGCAUCGCAUUCCCGAUUAUCUACAAGAGAUACCGCCGUGCUCGGAUCUCCUGCUUCAUCAGCGCUGCCCUUUGGGCACUGGUGGUGCUACACCUCAGCUUUGCCCUGGUGGCUGAAGGAGGCGCUCACUUUGUCUCCGUCAAGGAUCACACCUCAGCUUGCUAUGACAAUUUCAACGCUUCCCAGCUGGCUGUUCUGCUGCCUCUGCGCCUGGAGAUGGCCAUCAGCCUGUUUCUUUUGCCUCUGCUUGUGACGUCCUUCUGCACGUUGCGCUGCGUUACCCUGGUGUGGCGCUCAAAUUUGCCCCCUAUGGGGAAGAGAAGAGUCCUGACUGUCGCACUCUCCACGCUUGCCGUGUUUGUGGUGUGCUACGCGCCCUACAACGCCUCGCACAUUGCCGGGUUUGUGUUGGAGAAGAACCUUGAGUGGAGGACAUACGCUAUGAUGACGAGCUCCUGUAACGUUUUCCUGGAGCCCGUGGUCAUGCUGAUGCUGUCGCCGGCAGUGUCGAGGGGCAUCGUGGGAAGAAUCUGUGGGCGGCAAAGUCGGCUCAGUCGGAGUGAGGGUUGUCGGCAUCGCUGUAAUACCGCCAGCGGUGUUGCCAAUGUCAGGGCACCACCUACACUGUCCGAGAAGACCCAGGCGGGGGCCGAGGUGACUAAGGUCAGUCAGGAGUGA